GUAACGAGGGGACUCUCAGAGUCACGCGAGUAGCCGUACGAUACGUGUCUAAUACGCUUAAGGACUAUUAUACUUAAAACAGUAUGCGUGGGGCGUUAGAAAUAUUACACUACUAAAGCGUUAAGACCUUUCAUUGUUGCACUAAGAAACUCGGAAUACGUGAGAUUGCAAGCCACCUAUGACAAAAAUCAUUAAUCGAAUAAAAAAUUUCCUACCUUGUCAGAGAACUCACCUUUACAGACAGUGAAGUGUUCGUCAUACAUGAAUAAUGGAAAAUGCAGAAAUCGAUCACCCUUAUUAUCCUUUCUCCGGGAUAUUCGCAGUCGUUCGUGCAACGAAUUGAUUAUUUCUUUUCUUAUGUGGAAUCUGCAUAAUAACAGGCUUCGUUGAAGUAUCACUUCGAAACAUCGACAGAUGAGCUCGAAUACCUGUAACUAGAAUACCUGUUAUGCAUCAAAGAAUCAAGUCAUUUGACUGAACGUUCGCAAUGCAGAUAACGGAGCAAACAGAUAUUUCAGUCCGACUAUGUGCUUUGUUCAUGAAGUUAGCUGGCAUGUGGACGGCAGAAAAUGAUAGGGAACAGCGGAUCAGAGACUACACGCUAAUUUAUUCUCAACUACUAAAUGUGAUUGCUCUGUGUAUAAGUGUAAGGGACAUGUAUUUCCGCUGGAAGCUCCAUGAUAUGCUGAUGUAUUCAUUUUGUAAUUUCCUGAGUAUCAUAACGGUUACGAUCAAAAUAUUUAUUUUACCAAUGUACAAAGUGCAACUUUUGGACUUGUUGGCAUACACGCGGAAACAUUUUUGGAACGCACAUGGUACUAUGGUUUGUUACGUUGUAGCACCGCUUAUAGAAAACAUAGGAAAGAACGAAACUGAAAGAAUGCUUCCAUUCCAUUUCUGGAUACCGUAUUUUCAAAAGUCCCCUAUCUUCGAAAUAACAUUUGUCUUACAGGUAUUUAACUUGUAUCACACUGGUGUAUGUUAUUUUUGCUUCGACAACUUCUUGUGCAUUAUGAAUAUGCAUGCGGCUGGUCAGUUUCGUAUACUACAGUACAGACUUACAAAGCUAUCCGACACAGGAAAGGAGACACCGAAUCAACCUGCAAGUACAAAUCUAACGGAUUACGCCAAAAAAUCUUACGCUCAAUUAAAAAAGUGCGUGCAACAUCAUCAAGCGCUUAUAAAUUAUUGCAACCAGUUGGAAAGUUCUUUUACAAUUGUACUACUCGGCCAAGUAUUAAUCUUCAGUGUACUAAUAUGCCUUUUUGGAUACGAAGUAUUCCUGGCAAAAGAUUUAAGUGUCACAAGACGUUAUGUCUUUAUAUUUCUUAUGGUGGGCAGUUCCUACCUGCUAUUCAUGUUUACGUACAGCUGUAACGGAUUACUAGAACAAAGCCAAGGCAUUCAUUACGCAGCGUUUUCAGCACCUUGGAAUCUCAUACCCAUGACCCAAACUGGAAAAACGCUUCGACGCACUUUGUUAUUUGUUAUAUUACGAUCUGAGAAAGUUUGUGCUUUAACGGCAUGUGGAUUUUUUCCUAUAUCGUUGGAUACUUAUAGGACGAUCAUGAGUACCGCAGUAUCAUAUUUCACUUUGCUCAAACAGAGUCUAGAUGAUUCAGAUGAUAUCUGAUUGGAGGUUUAGUUCAUUUUAUUUUUUUGUUACUGAUUCAGUGAUAUAUCUGGAAUUUUAUUAAAGGGAGCUGUUAUACAUCUUAACAAAUGGUAGAACAUCUUUAAAUUCUGAAUUAUGAAUCGAUAUCUUUGUCAUAAGCUGCAUUCGAAAAAAAAAAUAAGUUUGCACAAUUCUCUUUUUGUAUAACUGAAAUGUUUGUUCAUUAAGUUAACAUAC